AUGCGCAAUAAAUGGGUAAAGGCGACAGUGCAUCAAAAAAGUUGCAAUAAACCCAUUAAAGAAUCUUGGCUGAACCGACAGUAUUACACUGUGAAAAAGCAGUUCACUGUCUAUUUCGCAGCUGCGAAUCAAUAUUUCACAAGAAAUGACUAUAGGGUGCAAGACGGUAAACCUUAUGUAUGCCAAGAAAAGUUCAGACUCGAAUCAACAAAGUAUACCGAGGAAGAUCUAUUAAUGUGCAACGAUUCUAAUAUCAAUAUAAAAUACGAUGAUGAAUACAAAGUUUGGACCGACUUUUCAAUAUUCUAUAAGAACAAGGUGUACGAUUAUACUGAGUAUCGAGUUCUGAAUACCGACUGCAUAAAGAUUUGUAACUCCACUGAUAACUACGUACGGAAGAUUUGGAAAAUGCGCAAUAAAUGGGUAAAGGCGACAGUGCAUCAAAAAAGUUGCAAUAAACCCAUUAAAGAAUCUUGGCUGAACCGACAGUAUUACACUGUGAAAAAGCAGUUCACUGUCUAUUUCGCAGCUGCGAAUCAAUAUUUCACAAGAAAUGACUAUGGGGUGCAAGACGGUAAACCUUAUGUAUGUCAAGAAAAGUUCAGACUCAAAUCAACAAAGUAUACAAAGGAAGAUCUAUUAAUGUGCAACGAUUCUAAUAUCAAUAUAAAAUACGAUGAUGAAUACAAAGUUCGCACUGACUUUUCAAUACUCUAUAAGAACAAGGUGUACGAUUAUACCGAGUAUCGAGUUCUGAAUGAUGGCAUAAAGAUUUGUAACUCCACUGAUAACUACGUACGGAAUAUUUGGAAACUACGUAAUUACUGGGUAAAGGCGAGAAUAGAUGAAAAAAGUUGCAAUAAACCCAUUACAUACAUUCAGUUCGAUCGAUGGGAAUACACUGUGCUUAAGAAUUUUGAAGUUCUGAUAUUGGCAACAAAGAAGCAGAUAACAAAGUACGGUUAUGGUGUGUUUGAAGGUAAAAUUAUAACAUGUGGUACCGAAUGCGCCAAUUUUACCUUUACUAUAAAAUAUGAAGAUGAAUACAGAGUAUGGAACAACUUCUCAAUGAUGUAUCAAGGUCGAGUGUACCCUUAUGAUGAGUACAGAAUAACGCGUGAUGGUCUACAAGUUUGUCAUUCUUCUGACCGUUUCAUUAAAGAAAAAUGGCGGAAUUACAUUGUUUCGGAAAAGAUAACGACAGCUUUCAAACAUUGUAAUGUAUCUGUGGACGGUUUUUACUCCAAAAAUUACACAUUACAUACAAACUUUACCGUUUUCUUCAAACCUACAAAUCAAAAUUUCACAAGGCAAGAUUACGGAGUGAUUAUGGGGUAUUUUGCAAUUUGUUCGGCAAAGCUUAGGUUGUCCUGCAAUGAUGAUUUGGUGAAAGUGAAGAACACCAAUAAAUACAAUGUUUUUAAAAACUUUUCGCUGGUUUACAACACUAAGGUAUAUGAUUAUCGCGAAUAUCGAUUCAGCCAGUACGACAGUCUUGAAAUGCGUGCUUCCAAUGAUUCAAGAGUUCAGGCCAUUUGGAGAACGCGAAAUUCAUGGCAAAAGUCAUUACCCGCAUCCUGUUAUCGUUCUUAUAAAUUAAAUGCAAGAUACUACACUGUGACAAAUCAGUUUGCUGUGUAUUCUGCAGAUAAUGGUCAAUAUUUCAAAAGAAAUGACUAUGCGGUGAUAGACGGUAAACCUUAUGUAUGCGGCAAAGAAAAGUUGAGACCAAUUUACGUAAUUACAAACUUUAAGAUUAUUAUAGCACCAUUAUGUGCUUUAACGCUUUCUAUUAUUUCUUUGCUAUUGUUGUUGAUAGUUUACUGCAUACUUCCAGAACUGCGCACACUUCCUGGUUUGAAUUUAAUGAGUUUUAGCUUUGCCUUGCUGUUGUGGCAGACUUACCUUGUAGUAUUUUUGUCACUGUAUUCUCAUGUAGGUAAACUGUUUGAGAUACCGUGUGCUAGGCUGUUUGUAGCAAAUAAGUUUAUGACGUAUAGCAUAAUUAUGAAUGCUGUGGUUAAUAUCUAUCACUUAAGAAAAACCUUUUGUGGCAACACUCUAGUGAAAUCUGAUGAACUAAAGAAGUGGAACAGAUUUUUGAAGUAUAGUUUCUUCAGCUGGGGAGUUCCUGUCAUUAUAACGAUUGUUUACAUUGUACUAGUAAAGGAAGAUGUUCUGAGGUUUGAUCAACCUACUGCGUCUGUGAAGAAAGAUGUUCAGUCAAGCUUAAAGUUUUAUCAACGCACUGAAUUUGCGAAUGGAGAUGCAACGACAAAUAAUAUAGGGAUAUAUCACCGUAUUGCAUCGUUGAAGAAGAAUGUCCUGCAGUCAAAGUUUAGUCAAAGCACUGACAUUGUACUUCAAGAUGCCCAGUCAAGGUUAAGGUUUAGUCAAAGCACUGUACUUGGGAAGGAAGAUGCGACGGAAGAUGAUGCAAGGACUUGUCAACCUAUUAUAUCUUUGAAGAAAGACGUUCAGGCAAGCUUGAAGUUUUAUGAACGCAUUGUAUUCGCGAAUGGAGAUGGGAAGGAAGAUGAUGCAAGGAUUUAUCAACAGAUCUCUGGAGAUUGUAUCAAUGGUCGAAUUACUCCCGAUUGGUCAGCUGCUGUUGAUGUAUAUGGUCUUCAAGGUUGUGUUUUGCUGUACAUUAUUGGAAUGUUCAUCUUCACUGUUUAUCGAAUUCGCCAAAAACUCAAGGCAAGCAGGAACAUUGCACAGAAAUCGAAUGUUGUUAAGCGUCGUAAAUUUGUCAUAUUGCUCAAGUUGUCAACCACUACAGCCUUAAGUUAUUGGUUUCCUCUCUUCAUAUCUAGAAUUGUGGAAUUUGAUUUCGACAUAAAGAUAGCACUGUAUACUGUAACGUUGCUUACUGGUGCCUACAUUGGUAUUGCGUUUGUCUUCACACGAAGAAAUUAUCAGUCGCUCAAGAAAAAAUAUUUCCCAGCAAACAAUAAGCCGCCAGUUAACGAACUUCCGCUGAAUAGACUAUAG